AUGGCAACCCGACGCUCGGCGCGGCUCAGCGCUCAGCCAGAUAUAAAGCUCCCGCCGCCUGCAGUCAAGCCACCGCCCAAUCAGAGCCGCAAGAGGAAGACACCCGCAGCAGCACCGUCCUCGGAUCCGGUCACCCCUCCGCGAAAGCGGGCCUCGAAGACCGCCGCGGCUCCGGUCACCCCCGUGCUGCCGCCCCCGAUGACGCCCACGCCGAGCGCGGUGGGUAUCAUUGCCGAGAGGGUCAACGGCACCGCGAAGCCCAGGUCGAGGGCGGUCAACAGGCUGGCAGACCCGAAGACGACCAACGCGCCGGUCAUCUCGCCCGAGACCUCGCGGGUGCUCGCCUCUGAUCCCAUCGAAGCACCAUCACCAACCAAGGCAGCUAACGCUCCGGCCACUGGGAAGCGGACGACGACGGCCAACAUCCUGGAGGAGGCGUGCCGUCAUCUCAUCGAGGUCGAUCCCCGCAUGAAGCCGCUGAUUGAGAAGAACUACUGCCGCGUCUUCUCGCCGGAAGGACUGGCUGAGAAGAUUGACCCCUUUGAAAGCCUCUGCAGCGGCAUCAUCUCGCAGCAAGUGUCAGGCGCCGCUGCUAGAUCCAUCAAGAACAAGUUCAUCGCGCUUUUCAGCGACGAAGACAACGGGGAGGCGGAGAAGCCCAAGAAGAAGUUCCCCCAGCCCUCAGAAGUAGCCCCUACCUCCAUUGAGCGUCUGCGCACCGCCGGCCUGUCGCAGCGCAAGGCAGAGUACGUCAAGGGGCUGGCCGAGAAAUUCGCGAGCGGCGGGCUGACGGCCACGAUGCUGGCCGAGGCGCCCUACGAAGAGGUCCGGGACAAGCUCAUUGCGGUUCGCGGGUUGGGGCUGUGGUCCGUCGAGAUGUUCGCCUGCUUCGGGCUCAAGAGGAUGGACGUCUUCUCGCUGGGCGACCUCGGCGUGCAGAGGGGCAUGGCGGCGUUCGUCGGCCGCGACGUGGCUAAGCUGAAGGCCAAGGGCGGCAAGUGGAAGUACAUGAGCGAGAAGGAGAUGGCCGAGAUGGCGAGCCCGUUCGCGCCGUACCGGAGCGUCUUUAUGUGGUACAUGUGGAGGGUGGAGGAGACCGAUAUAAGCACGCUGGAGUAA